GACCGGUCAGGAGUAUGACUUAUCAGAUUUCUGAAAGUAAUGUUAGACUGUUUGAACCACCCACUGGAAUAACGGAGCAUCAUUGAAAAAAUUAGAGAGGCCCAUGAAAUGAAAUGCGAAUUUUCUAGAUAGUAUAGGAUUUGGAUAGAAAUCUAUCAGAAUGUUCGAGGAAGAAUUGGAGAUCGCAUUGAAGGUAAUCGUAGUUGGGAAUGGCGGCGUUGGGAAGACGUCAAUGGUGCAACGAUACUGUAAAGGGAUCUAUACGAAGGAUUAUAAGAAAACGAUUGGCGUGGAUUUUCUAGAGCGACAGAUUGAAAUUGAUGGUGAAGAUAUUCGAAUCAUGCUGUGGGAUACAGCGGGUCAGGAGGAAUUUGACGCAAUUACAAAGGCGUACUAUCGAGGAGCGCAGGCAUGCGUGCUGACGUUCAGCACGACGGAUCGAGCUUCGUUCGAAGCAAUUCGUGACUGGAAGGUUAAGGUGGAAAACGAGUGCAGUGAGGUUCCGACUGUGCUAGUUCAGAAUAAAAUUGACCUCAUGGACAAGGCUGUGGUAUCGUUCGACGAGGCAGAGGCGUUAGCGCAGUCACUUGGCUGUCGGCUCAUUCGAACCUCCGUGAAAGAGGACGUUAACGUGGCCAGUGUGUUUCGCUACCUGGCGAACAAGUGCCACCAGCAAAUGAAGCAACAGUACAGUGCUGCGAUGCCCAUUACGCAACCCACGAUCAGUGCAUUUAGUCCCACUUUCCAGUCAAAAGCAGCCAACAACACCAUACAACUGACGAGGCCAUCCGUAAAGCGAAAACCACUACAGAAGCGAUGUGGCAUCUUUUAGAAACAAAGACAAUCACUGUAGCCAGAGUUAAUAACAAUUAAGAUGAUUGAGAUGAUAAUAGCAUUGUUUAUUUAUCGGAAAGCUAGCUUUUCUCGUUCGCUUUCAGAAGGCAUGUGCGCUUGUUAAUCGUUAUUAUACGGACUGUCCGAUAUAAUCUGAAAAUUGUUAAUAGUUCCCGUGUAUUUAAUAAAAUGUAUCAUGUUUUAAUUUUAUAAUUCACUACAAUAUGACGUACGUUUAAUCUUAGUUAGGAUUUAUAUGAAAAUUGUGCCGCCCAAUUAAUGUUGACAAUGAAGUCACUACAAGAACUGACAAAGGUGAUGAAUAUGUGACAUUCCAAUCUACUUAGAGAGGUAGUCUUUAACUCUAGUGUUUGCUGCAAUACUUUUAACGAAGAUUUGAACUAUGUAGGCGGAAGGAAACCAUACCCAACUCGAUAGUAAAAUACUCUCUACAACGAAUUGCACUCGUUGAAAACAAU